UUUUUUUUCCCGUCACAGAACGCCACGCACCCGGAAGCAGCGUUGUGUUUACAUGCCUCUUUUCAUGGAUCCCGUUUUUCUUGUAGGAUUACUCUUCUCUCCUUCACGCCUCCAAAACUUUCUGUCUUUCUUUUUUCUUUCUUUCUUUCUUCUCCAGCGGUAACAUGGCGCCCCGCAAACGCACCGCCGGAAACGCGAACCUGGAGAACGGGGUGGCGGUCGGGGUCGGGUCCGGGAGAAAACGACUCAAACCCGGGGAGAAAAAAGUCAAACCCAGGGAGAAAAAACUCAAACCCGGGGAGAAAAAGCUCGUGAAUAAAAGACCCAAACUCGGAGACAAGAAGCCCAAACCGGUGAACAAAAGACCCAAACCCGAGAAGAAAAAGCCCGAACCUGAGGACACGAAGCCCGAACCCGAGGACAAGCGACACAAAGCGGUUCUGGUUCUGGCCCGGGGCGGGAGUAAAGGCAUCCCGCUGAAGAACAUCAAGACCCUGGCCGGGAUCCCUCUGAUCGGCUGGGUGCUCCGGGCUGCGGUGGACGCGAACGUGUUUGACAGUAUUUGGGUGUCGACGGACAACGACGACAUCGAGAAGGUGGCUCUUUCUUUUGGAGCUAAAGUCCACCGCAGAUCUGCAGCAGUGUCCAAAGACUCAUCUACCUCCCUGGACACGAUUCAAGAAUUCACCCGCUGCAACCCAGAGGUUGACGUCGUGUGCAACAUCCAGGCCACCUCCCCGUGCCUGCACCCGUUCCACCUGAGGAAGGCGCUGGAGUACAUCUCCAAGCACGGCUACGACUCCGUCUUCUCCGUGGUCAGGAGGCACCACUUCCGCUGGCAGGAAGUCGAGCAAGGAGGUGAGAAGUUGACGUGCGCUCUGAACCUCAACCCCAGUAAGCGUCCGCGGCGACAGGACUGGCCCGGGGAGCUGUGCGAGAACGGCUCCUUCUACUUCUGCACCAGAAAACUGAUCCAGAAAGGACUUCUGCAGGGCGGUAAAGUGGCGUACUACGAGAUGAAGCCCGAGUACAGCGUGGACAUCGACGUGGACAUAGACUGGCCCGUGGCUGAGCAGAGGGUCCUCAGGUCAGAACAAAUACACGCUUCUACUGCAGCUUUUUCUACAAUUAUACUGCACAGGGAUGUGACGAUAAACAAAAUAUCGUAUCGUCGAUAUCACAAUAAAACCAAGGGCCAUCACAGCAUAUCGAAUUACAAGUUUCUUAUCUUAAAUUCAGGAUCAUUCAGGCUAGAAAUAAACAAAUCAAUAACAUCUGGAGCCUUUUAUUGUGUUUGGUGCUCAGGAUGUGACGAGAUCGACGUGGACUGUCUGAAAGUGGCGGGUCUGAGCGCCGUGCCGUCGGACGCGCCGGUAAACGGAGCCAAGUAUCUGUGCACGGCUCCGGGAGGAAAAGGCGCCGUGCGGGAGUUCGCCGAACACAUCCGACUGCAAAAACAAAAAGCCAAAUCCCAACUGGAGCAGGACCGGAUCUCCCUCGCCAGCUCCUAAACACACAGACGUACAAACAAACAAAUAAACACAAACAAACAAACACAAACACACAGCGGCGUUUUAAAGUGGGCGGGGUCUUAC